UUGCCUCCCAUCACCACCAACCACAGGACUGCAUACUUUGGCAGUUCGGGAUGCUCUUUUACACUAUACGCUGCAGUGACUAAAUAUCUCCACGGAUGAGCCCGAAAAUAGGCGCCUGGGACCCACAAUUACCAUGAAACUGCCAUUACCGCCUCAUGAGAGGGGAGUUGAAGCGCAUCAGCCCCAAAGGGGAUAUGCCUUUCCACUUACCUACACUUGUGACCUGCUCUGCCACUCUUCCUCCUACUUGCUACCAACAUGACUAACUGCUGAACAUACGUGGACGAAUCCAACCGCUAUCCGACCGUCAAGUCAUUUCGCCAAGCAGCAAUUGCUAUCUGGCCGCCCUUCUGCCCACCACUGGACGUCGCUUAUCCCGCCCUACACCAUCUGUUUAUGACAAAACCCGGACCGGUGAGAAGGGUCUCUGCUUCACAAGUCACUUCCUCCAACACGUCUUCGAUCUCCUCGCUUUGUCCAUAACGUACCCUUGCGGCGGUACUUGAGAGUACAACUAGACCUACCCACCACGGAUACGCCUCACAGCCCCUGGCCUAAGUGCUUGGAUUCGUGAGCCGUGAGCGGCAGCACAUUCCUCCCUUUCUUGAUCGCCUACUCGCGCCGCGGUACUCCAGCGGUGCCUCAAUGGUGCUUGGAGGGUUCUUGUUAGCUCAGCGACCUUCGAUACCUCGGACCCUCAAAAGAUUGUCACACAUUGACUUCAUCUUCAACACCGGGGCUGUACAUCAAACUGAGGGGUGGGCAUCAAUCAGCAGUUUUCAAACGUUUGGGAGCUGCACGCCUUUGCUCAUUCCGUGGGUGGCCAAAUGUUCAAAAACACAUCAGUCAAGAUGCUUCCCUUCCUCGAAGUCUCUCAUCUCUCAUCCUCCGCACCCUUUUACGCGGCCAUCAUAAAGAAUAUUGGCCUGAGAUAUCUGAGUGAGGAGGACGGACCCCUACCGUCCAUCACCUACGGCCAUCCGUCACGCGACAAACCUGUAUUUCAGAUUCGUGAAGUUGACCCACAUCGGGCCUUGAGACUCUCACAUAUUUCCCUUUCUGCCCCUUCUGCGGUCGCAGCCGACGAAGCUUUUAGUUGCGCGCGCCGAGCUUCACCAGACGCCAGUGAGAAACCACUACGGCACCCUGCUGAUUCCCGAUCAGCUGCUACAACCCCCAAGGCCCAUAGGAGUGUAACUCGAGCUGGCGACCUCAAAAUCAACGUCACUGACCCUGACGGCAACACCAUGGAGAUCGUAUAUCAGCCUUUCGAAAGCUACCCGUCCCAUCACGGUGGCACAGCUACACGGUACCAGCAGUCAGCCGAUGAAGAACCAAGUCGAGUCCUCCUGUGGAAAUACGAUACAAGAGGUUUAGAGCAGCGCCCAGGUGUAGCGUCGAAUCCAUCAUACCCGGGAUCAAACCUUCCUUCGUGUCACCGGCGUUCGGCUGAGGUUGAAGACGAUGAUCGACAUGCUUCCAGGUGGGGUCACGUGACGAGGACGGCCUCUUAUGCUCCCACUCUCCCAACCAGGCACAGCUCCGGAGGCGUUAGUCCAAGUACGGUUGUGAGUACCAUUUUGGGCGCCGCAGCCGCCGGUGCGGUGGGAGGUGCUUUGUACAGCAUAUCCAAGGCCGAACGCUCUCGCUCGUCGCGUGAUGAUCAUGAGCCGCCAUCGUUUUCACGCCGCUGUAGCCAUCAGGAGGGGCAUGUAGAAAAGUACUCUGGAAAACUUUUGGAGCCUAGGACACGUUAUGUGGAAGUGGACCGGGCAGUGGACAAGGUUCGCUUACCUGAUGAGCAUCUGCAUACCUCUGGCAGUGCUUCCCGGGCAGGACCGCGGCCGGAGUACAUUACUAGAUACAGCAGUUAUGCGGGCACUUCGCGAGGCAGAGAUGUGGACGACGGCUUUGGAGAUGGCUUGGAGGACGUUCGAGGCCGUCAUAUGACCCCGCGGUCUCGCGGCUCUCCUCGGGACCGCAGCGAAGCGGAAUACGGACGACGUCCCGUGGGUAUCUCAUCGGAUCACCACCACCUUCAAAGCUCAAGAGGCGCAAAACACCCGCCAAUGGUGCAGCGAAGCUACACUUACGACACGAGUACGCCAGAACGGGAUGGCUAUGCGUCAACAAAGAGUCAUCGAUCAUCAAGUAUCAUCCGCGGUUCUCCGGUUGAAGAGGCCUACACAGUCAGACGCUCCAAGUCAGGCACCCGCAUGAAAACGACCAGUGUCAAAGUCGGUGGCAGUCCAUUGGGAAGGUCUGGCGCUUAUGGUUCAAGCCGUGAUGGGGGUUUGCCUAGAAAUGCUUCGGGUAGCUUGAGCGAGCUCGUCACACCUCAUGAGAUUCUGCUACCGCCCGACACCUCGGGUGUUCAGUCCACAAAGUGGGACAGUGAGGUAGAGGACCAAGAAGAUGCCGAUAGUAUCGUACCCAGCGACAGCAUCAGCUGCGUGGGGACUCGCAGGAGCGGUCGCGCAUACUACAAUUAAGCCGCGCGCCGGCAGGUGGGUUCACAAUGGACAACCUAAGCAUAGAAGAAUGUCAUAAGUGUCGACUUGCAACGCACAGGGAGCAUAUCCUGAAAAUAGAAUAAAAAGCUUCUGUGUUCAUCUUGUAUCGGUCAUCGUCUGCGGCCCUACGUCUAUGGAUGCCCAAGAUGUAGGGCAUGUGAGAUAAUGGUAUGGCGAUAGGCAGACCAUGGCCAGUCAUGCUCGUAAUGGACAAUAGGGCGGGCGAACCAGCACUGCGACAAAUCGCAGGGAACAAUCCGUGAUAUGUAAAACAUAGAAAGGCUUUUACCAUUGCCCAGAACCGAGUUGGCUAGAAUGUUAUAUAUAUAUAUAUCCAGUCCUG